CUGAACGCACCAGCAGGACCUGAACGCACCAGCAGGACCUGCUUCUUACAUUGUUGGAGCAGCAGCGGUUCGUCUUCCGUCUCCAGAACCUGGUGAAAACGCCUUCAAUCUGGGCUCGGUUCGGCAGCGGGACGCAGCGGCUAACCGGUUCGGAAGCCCCGGCAUGAGGCGGACCGGCGGCCGCAGCCCUGCCCGGUCCGGAGGCUGCUGGUAGGGAUGGUUCCGGUGUGAGGACCCGGAGGUUCGGAUCAGAGGAGCCACAGGACCGGACCGGACCGGGAGGUUCGGCAACAUGACGGGCUGCAACCCGGACAACGUGGAGGAGUUUUAUGAGAUUGGAGACGAGCUGGGCAGUGGGCAGUUUGCUGUGGUCAGGAGGUGUCGGCACCGCUCCACCGGACUGGAGUUCGCUGCCAAGUUCAUCAAGAAGCGACGCAGCAAGUCGAGCCGGCGCGGCGUGACCAGGGAGGACAUCGAGCGUGAGGUGAACAUCCUGAAGGAGAUCCAGCACCCCAACAUCAUCGCUCUGCACCAAGUGUUCGAGAACAAAGCUGAGGUCAUCCUCAUCCUGGAGCUUGUUGCUGGAGGUGAACUCUUUGACUUCCUGGCAGAGAAGGAGUCUCUGAGUGAAGAGGAGGCGACACAGUUCCUGAAGCAGAUCCUGGAUGGGGUUCUGUACCUGCACUCCAAACAGAUCGCUCACUUUGACCUGAAGCCAGAGAACAUCAUGCUGCUGAACCGCUCAGUGCCUCACCCACGUAUCAAGCUCAUCGACUUCGGUCUGGCUCACAAGAUGGAUUUCAGCAACGACUUCAAAAACAUCUUUGGAACUCCAGAGUUUGUGGGUCAGUCUGUUUGUUGUGUGUUUGUUUUUCUGAUAUUUCUGCACAAAUAAACACCCUGGAGUACG